AGAAAGCAAAGCAGGAAACAGGACCUGAGGCUGCAUCAAGACGGCAAUGUGAAAGGGCGCUUGAUCGAUUUGAUUGGGCUUCUGAUUGUUUGUAGUCUUCUGUUGUGCAGUGGUUGACUCGUCGGUGAGAGGAGCGGUUUGAUCUUUGGUGGGCAAACCACUUGAAACUGAAUUUGGGGAGGUCUGCAUUUGGCCCUGGGAGCAUUGUGCGGAAGCAACAUGAUGUUGCAGCUACUUUGAUCAAAAUUUGCUGGCGCACAACACCCUCGUUUCAGCUGCAGCUGACCUCUGGAGCUUGCAUUGCAGCACCUGCAUUGCCUGGUCCCAUCUAACCUUUUAGAAAGAAAGAGAGAGCGAGAGAAAGGGACUUUUGAUAAUUAGAGAGUAGAUUAUGAGUUGAGGGCAGGUAGAUUUAGAAGCAGAAAACUAAAAGCGAAGAUCAAAAUGGCAGCGUUUACCUGCUAAUCUGCCCCAAGAAAUAGAACCUUACAAAGCAAACUCGCGCACCUGUAGGAGAUAAUAAUCCUGAAAAACGUCCUGGGGACAGCUAGCAGACAACAGACGCAAUGGCGCGUACAAAGCUGAUGGAGCUUGCUCGGUUGUCUGGCGGUCUGAGGACUGGUAGCUCGGGUGAUGGCAGGCUGGGAGAUUGCCUUGAUGCUGCAGACAGGCAGGGGGAGGGGGUCUUUGCCAGUACGUCUGGGCUCGAUGAAGAGGAAUAUAGGGAGGACCCUUCGGACAACCAGGACGGCCCCGAGCUGACCCCCGGGCGCAAGCGUUUCCGCACUCAGAAAGCGCUCGAGGCGCUCGAGAGCGAGCUGGUCCUCCCCAGCUGGAUGGACGGGACCAAGCUCGACCUGUCUCGUGCUUUCCGGCGCUCCGACUUCCCCCCCGACAUGUUUUGCAUCCCGUCUAAGUACCUAAAAAGGGCAAAGAAAGAGUACAGAAACGGCUCUUCCCCUGCAGCAGGGGGGAGGAGGAUGAAGCGGGGAUUGAAGCGGCCGAACAAGGCGGUGCAACAGGCGAUCAAGGAGAUCCCGCAGGGGAUGGCGCUUGCUCUGGCGGAUCUGCUUUCGACCGCUUGCUUUCCCGACUUUUGAGCGGUCGUACCUGGUUGCUUUCUUUGCGUAAAUUUUUCUACUUUCAUUGAGCCAGCGGGCGCCAAAAUAAGCCCAAGAUAAACCAACUUGGUUUGAAUAGUGUGGCUCUUCACAUAGAAUGGAUAGAAAGGAUAGAUAUAAAGUCGUACAUCACACAACAAUCUGUAAAGACACUUCAGCCAUGUAAAGCUGCAUGUGUGUCGAUACGAAAACAAAGGUCGGUACUAUCACCAAGGUGCUUGAUAAAGAGAACUCGUAGGGGGCACGUGAAUCAGUUGAUCAACAGCUGAUCGAAAGGAUCGAUUGGAUCUACGUUGUCUGUACAAUUGGUCUACUAAGCAAAGUCCGGAACCUUUCAUACUGAAGCACUGGGCCCAUGCCCCACAUACUAAGACGUUCUUAAACCCAGUCUAGA